ACUCUCUCUUUGAAAUAAAUAAAUAAAUAAAAUCUUUAUAAAAAUAAAAAAAAUAAAAGCGUAGAGGAAGUCAGAUCUGAAGCAGAAGAAAGAUUCCACGUGCUGCCGCUGACUUUGAAGAUGGAGGGGUCACGUGACAAGGAGCGUGGGUGGCCCGCAGGGGAGGAGGGCAGCCCCUGGCCCACAGCCAGCAAGGAAGGGGGGACCUCAGUCCUACAGCUGCAAGGAACUGGGCUCUGUCAGCCACCUGAACAUGUUAGAAGCAUGUUCUUUUUCUCCUUCGCCUCCAUUAACCAAAACAGUCCUGCCAGCACCUUGAUCUCUCCAGAGCAGAGGACCCAGUUGGACUGUGUUUUAAGCCACUAAGUUUGUGAUACUUAGUUACUCAGCAGUAGAGAAUUAACACGUGAGGCUCUAUGUCCCUGAAGACCUAGCAUAAUUUAAGAUGUAUAUUCUCCUUUUUUAAAGUAGGCUCCACGCCCAACAUGGGGCUCGAACUCACGACCCUGAGAUCAAAUUCGCAGGCUCUACCGACUGAGCCAGCCAGGUGCCCCCAAGAUAUGUAUUAUUAAAGGAAUAAAUGUAAGGGGUGGGUGAGUUCUCAGCAUAAACACACCACCAUUGUGGCGUCGUUUUCUCUCUGGCUACUUUUUCGUUUCUUCGGACUGUCUCUGGUAUUUUGCAGGAGACUCACUUGUAAAUUAGUGGCCCGGUCGGUCAGUGUAUCAUGUUUGUCUGGCUUUCUUCACGUUGUUUUAUCACCUCAGACUCCCAUUCUAAAGCUAUUGGCUUUGGAGAGCAUUUGUCAGCUCCGAUCUGCAUCCUGCUCCCUUAUCAGUGGGUUUGGGGUUCGUGGUUACAGGUAAAAACCAGAUUUCAGGAACAUCGUAUUCCAGUGUAACAUGCAAACAGAGGAAGGCAUAAAUCCGAAGUGCACAGCUUUCUUCAGUUUCACAAAUGGAACACGCCCAUGCAACCGGGGUCCAGAUCGAGAAGCUGAGUGUUUCCGUUACCCAGAAGCCCUCUUGUGCUACCUCCCAGUCACUGCUUCUUCUUCUUCUUUUUUUUUUUUUUUAAAGAUUUUAUUUAUUUAUUUGACAGAGACACAGCGAGAGAGGGAAUACAAGCAGGAGGAAUAGGAGAGGGAGAAGCAGGCUUCCCGCGGAGCAGGGAGCCCGAUGCGGGGCUCCAUCCCAGGACCCCGGGAUCAUGACCUGAGCUGAAGGCAGAUGCUUAACGCCAGUCACUGCUUCUGCAAAACUAACUACUAUUGUGCUCAAAGCAGCAUAGGUUUGUUUGCCUGAAUUAACCAGAUUGCGAGUGAUGAUAUCAGAGGAUGCUAAACUCACAGCCCCACAGUCCCCAAGAUGACUGGCCACAGUCCCAGUGCGUGCAAACAACAGGGGGCUUUUCAGGACACAGACAGAUGAGGGUGCGCCCAGGCCUUUCAUAUUUCAUGCAAGGACCACAUUCCUAAGGUCUCAUAUAAUGUGAAACUCUCAUAAUAAAGUCUAGUUCUGUCACUGAAAUGACUGUAACAUAAGGUUUGCACACCCUCUCAUGUGGGGCCUAAAGCGAGACUAAUUAACAUCUUUACUAUUGCCCAAUUCCCAGUUUAGCAUAAUUCAAACCAACACACUCCUCCCUGAAACCCCCGUGGGGCUGUGAGGGUCUGCGCUUUAGCUUCUCGCAGAGCCCAGGGCCCCGCCGUGGUGAUGGCAUGGGAUCCCGGUUCUGGGUGUGGCUUGGGGACAGAGCACAGUUCCUGGAGCCGGAAGGCUUACAUUCUAGACCUCCCUCUGCUCCUCCUUGCACUUUAUAACCCUGGGUAAGCUCUUACCUGCUGGGCCUGUUCCCUCAUCUGCAAAUGGGACUAAGCUCUGGGGUUCAUGAGAGGAGUUCCCUGAUGAGAAGCCUUGGGCACACAGUAGGAGCCGAUGGGAGCUUGUUGGCACCAAUCCCAGCUGGGGUGGGAAAAAACUGCUCACCUGUCUCUCCCCGCACCACCCCCAUGCUGCCUGGAGGACUUUGCUCCCUGGGAGAGUGAAGCCAGCGAGCCCCAAGCCCGAGAGCCUGGAGAGCCUGGCCGCUGAGCCUCCACGGGAGGCUGGGGCCCAGGCUCAGAUGCCAGGGUCAGAGCCCGGAUUGGGCAAGAGCAGAGCGUGAGGCCCCCUCUUCCUGGUCAGGGAUAUUUGGAAACACCAACAAUUCUGAGAAAUUUAGCAGCAGGAAGUGAAAGGAGGCAGGGUGCAUGCUCCCAGGGCGCCUUCUGGACUGGCUCCCCAUCCCAAAUCCUGCAGAGAUUAGUGGGGUGACUGGCAGGGGCGUGAGGGGGAGAGGGACAGACCAGGCGACUCCCCCUCCCUGGGGAGGAAAGCAGGGGCGACCCAUCCCCCACUCCCACUCCACACAUCCCCUGAGUUCCAAAUCCUUUUUCACCUCUGUUUACUGUCCAAAGUCCCGGGCACUGGGGAUGCCAGGUUCCGAGUGUUGGGACACACGCGCACACACACACGCACACGCACAGGCAGACGCAGACACGCAGCGCUCAGGGCCCUCGUAUGGACCCUGCUCCCUCCCCUCCCACCGUCCAGGGCUGUCCGUGCAUCCCAAGCCUCCAGGCUUCAGCCCCCUUCUUAGCCUAGGAUCUGCACAGCAUUGAGGGAUCCAGGAACCAACCUCAAGACCGUCAGCAAGUAAAAGGGGAGGAAGGGCAGGGGACCGGGACUGACGAGUGGAGCGGGGGGUGCUGGGCAGGAAAACUUCAGAGGAAGAAGUCUGGAUGUCAGGCCUGGGAGCGAAUGGGAGAAAGAAUGUUUUCCUAUAGCCACCAAUCGCUUAGAAACGGACUGGACCCCACAGCCUGGCUCCGUUGGGCCCCAGCCUCAGCCCUAACCCCAGCCUUGUCCCAGGCCCAGGUCCAGCCAACCCUACCAUGACAAAUGACUAUCAAGAUCUUCAGCAUCUGGACAACGAGGACAAUGACCAUCAGCUCCGACAAGGGCCACCCGCCUCGCAGCCGCUGUUCCGGCGGCUCUGCUCCGGACCCUGCCUCCUGCGGCUCUCCCUGGGCCUCGGCCUCCUGCUGCUGGUGGUUGUCUGUGUCAUCGGAUCCCAGAACUCCAGGCUGCAGGCGGAGCUGCAGGCCCUGAGAGAGACCUUCAGCAACUUAACAGCGAGCGCCGAGGUCGAGGUCAAGGCCCUGAGCAGCCAGGGAGGAAGUGUGGGCAGAAAGAUGAAGUCGCUGGAGUCCCAGCUGGAGAAACAGAAGCAGGACCUGAGCGAAGAUCACGCGGGCCUGCUGUUGCACGUGAAGCAGUUCGUGUCGGACCUGCGAAGCCUGAGCUGUCAGAUGGCCGUGCUCCACGGCAACGGUGAGGGGGAGGCGGGGGCGCGCGCGCGCGGCCGCCCCCCGCCCCGCCGGCCGCUCCUGAGCGCCCCCGCCCUCCCCGGCCCCCCAGGCUCGGCGAGGGCCUGCUGCCCGGUCAACUGGCUGGAGCACGGGGGCAGCUGCUACUGGUUCUCCCGCUCCGGGAAGUCCUGGGCCGAGGCGGACCGGUACUGCCAGCUGGAGGGCGCGCACCUGGUGGUGGUGGGCUCCUGGGAGGAGCAGAAGUUUGUCCAGCACCACAUGGGUCCUGUGAACACCUGGAUGGGCCUCACCGACCAGAGUGGGCUCUGGAAGUGGGUGGACGGGACGGACUACGAGACGAGCUUCAAGAACUGGAGGCCCGAGCAGCCGGACGACUGGUACGGCCACGGGCUCGGGGGAGGCGAGGACUGCGCGCAUUUCACCGACGACGGCCGCUGGAACGACGACGUGUGCCAGAGACCCUACCGCUGGGUGUGCGAGACCGCGCGCGAGCCGGCCCGCUAGGAGCCUCCUCUCCCCUAAUUUAUUUCCUCCGUGCCUCCACCUGCCCCGUGACCCUCCCGUCGGGGGCGGGGGUGCUCCUCCACUGUCUCGGGAUGGCUCAUCCAGGGUUUUGAGGGAAGGGGAAAGACGCCGUCUGAGGAACGUACGAUCGCGUUUGGCGGGGCGGGGAGAUCGAAGUCCCUGUCACCUGCUGCAGCCUGCAGCGUAUGGUCAUCCUUUUUUAGAGUAAAAAGACCAGAAAUACUCUAAAUGGGCCAUGCGUUGUCUGGUUAUUGGGCAUUAGGAAUCGGGAGUGGGCUGGUUGGUGGGAAGCCUGGGGCAGGCCGCGGGGCCCGGUGAGAACCCCAUGGGCUUUGGUGCUUACAGGGAUGGGAGUUAGGGCUCCUGUUCUGAGUCUCCCCGGUAAAGGUGUCCCGUUGCUGGGGACCGCCGCACCUGCAGCAGUUCCCCUAGGACCAGAGUCACCCCGAUGUGUCCAGUGCUUCAGAGGCUUUGAAUGAAACUCACUGAUGUCCGCUGCGUGCAUUACAGUGGACAGAGGUAGUAUCCACAGACAGGCAACAAAUACAGUGAACAUGAAGAUGAGCCUACCACCGAGAACCGCUAAACCUGCAAAGAAAGCCAGAAAACCAGGAGCGAGGCAGAGAAGCCCCCAAAUAAACGGAAUCCACAACCCAGAAUGGGAGUUCGCGGGAACGAACAGAUUAAGACUUUGCAGACACUCACUAGAUUAUCAGCAAACAUUGAAUGAACACAAAAGUGGAGACAGAGACAGAUCUAUCAGCAUAUGAAGGGCUCACCAUCUUUCCAGAUAACUUUGACUAUAAGAGAAAAUAAAAGUGAAGCAGUCAGGUAAUUGAGAAAUGAACGAGCAGAGCACUACAUACUGAGAUUGUGGGAUGGUCUAAAGCAGUUCUCGGGAGGAAAGGUAUAUAGACUGAAGUACAUUUGUUAAAAUACAAGGUUGGGGCGCCUGGGUGGCUCAGUUGGUUAAGUGACUGCCUUCGGCUCAGGUCAUGAUCCUGGAGUCCCGGGAUCGAGUCCCGCAUCGGGCUCCCUGCUCGGCAGGGAGCCUGCUUCUCCCUCUGACCUUCCCCCCUCUCAUGUGCUCUCUCUCUCUCAUUCUCUCUGUCUCAAAUAAAUAAAUAAAUCUAAAAAAUAAAAAUAAAAAAAUAAAAAACAAGGUUGAAUGGAAAUAAGCUAAGUUUCAACUCAAGGGACUUGAAAAAGAACAAAACCCCUCAGAAUAGAAAGCAGGGAUUUAUUAACAAAUCAUCAACCACAGUGUAUGUAUUCUAUUCGAGUACACUGGGACAUUUAAAAAAAUGAGCAAAUACUGGGCCAUCAAGCGAGUUUUAACAAAUUUUGAAUAGAGAUUUCCACUAUAAGGACCAGAAAGAUAAAAUUCCUAUAUAAGUCAUUAGCAAACCCAAUCAAAUGAUGUAUUAAAAAAAUACGUUGGGGAGGCUAGGUGGCUCAGUUGGUUAAGCGUCUGACUCUUAAUUUCAGCUCAGAUCAUGAUCUUGGGGUCAUGAGAUCAAGCCCCACAUCAGGCUCUUUGCUCAGUGGGGAGUCUGCUUGAGAUUCUCUCCCCUUCCCUCCUGCCCCUCCCCCCCCAUAAAUAAAUAGGAGCGCCUGGUUGGCUCAGUUAGUUAAGCGGCUGCC